AGCCAGCAGCUGACCCAGCCUCCAGUCACCAUGAAGGCUCUCCUGACUCUGGGACUCCUCCUGCUUUCUGUCACUGCCCAGGCCAAGGUCUACAAUCGUUGUGAGUUGGCCAGAAUUCUGAAAAGGAAUGGAAUGGAUGGCUACCGUGGUGUCAAGCUGGCUGACUGGGUGUGUUUAGCUCAGCAUGAGAGCAAUUAUAACACACGAGCUACAAACUACAACCGUGGAGACCGAAGCACCGACUAUGGGAUAUUUCAGAUCAAUAGCCGAUACUGGUGUAAUGAUGGCAAAACCCCAAGAUCUAAGAAUGCCUGUGGGAUCAAUUGCAGUGCUCUGCUGCAGGAUGACAUCACUGCAGCCAUACAAUGUGCAAAGAGGGUGGUGAGAGAUCCCCAAGGCAUUCGAGCAUGGGUGGCAUGGCGAACACAAUGUCAAAACCGAGAUCUGUCCCAGUAUAUUCGGAACUGCGGAGUCUGACCGCGGUGUGCUUCUACUGCAGCCCAUUCUGUCUCUUUCUCACUGUAGGAGUAGAUAUGAGAGAGGUCACACUUCCUCGCUUUCCCCUCCAAGUAACAGGACUUCAGCAGAAACAGGGCAAAACAGACACUUCCUCCUCACAAGCUUCAGCUGAUGCUGUGUUGUGCAAAGUCUCCCUUGUCAGUCAGCAAAGCCAUGGAUGCUGGUGACAGUCAGCCAACACAGUGAUUGCCACACAGACAUCUCUGUAGGUCAGUUCUUCAGCCAGGAAGUGAUUCACAUUGACUUCCAUUGGAAUUCAUCUUAAUCAGACCUGUGUGAAUAAAAAUACAAGAACUGUUUAUAGGAGACCAGUUGAUCUUGGGAAAACAGCAGUUGUGUGAGCUGCAGGGCUUUGUGCAGUCCCAGCACCCAGUUAGAACAGCCUCUGUGGUGGGCCGGGAGGGUUUCUGAGGGCACAGGAAUCUCAGUGGAUGAGAACUGAGAUUGUCUGAACUCAGAAACUUAUCAGGGAACCUGUGACCUGUCUUUCUUAGAGCUGCCCCUUUCAUCUUGCUUAAAAAAUAAAUUCUCAGCUCAUGUGUCAGUCUGUUUAACCCUUGAGAGGAUGUUCCCAGUGUCAUGAGGCAUUCAGGAGGACUAGUGAGCUGUGCCUGUCCUGAUCUUUCUUAAGUUCCUUCAUUCAUACUAACUCUGAGACAGAAGAGCUUGUACCAGCCAAUAACCACAGGAGCAAAUCUAAUCUCACAGUGAAAAAGUACAAAUGGCAUUAAAUGAUUUUCAAUGCA